CUCUUUGCUUUGCCAGCUGUGACGGUCUGAGUGUUUCAGUGCUGGAAGUAUAGAACCCCGGGGGAGCCUCUCCGGUCACCAUGGACAAGCAAGAUGAGCUCCUGAAAGAGGCAGAACAGCUGGCAAGAUACAUGUCAAAUUACCAACAUGAUCUGCCUCCUAAUAUUAGCUCUACAACCAAAAUCCUUGAGAAUGCUAAGGAAGACUUGUUACAGGAGUGUGAGGAUGUGUGGGAGCAAAUACAAGAGUGCCAGAGCCGUUUGCUGCAGAGAGGAACGGAAACACUACCGGACUCCAGUUCAGAAGUACAGCUGUACUUGCUAAUGAUGCAAGUAAAAGCCCUGAAUGCAGAAUAUGACCAGUGGCAGAAGAAAACACCUGAAAUCAUCACUAAGAAUCAAGACGUCCUGUUAGCAAUUGGAAAAGAAGAGUUGGAAAAGACGGACCAAGAGCUUGAAAAGAUCCUUUCUUCAGUUCUAGCCAAGAAUAAGGAGUUAAAGAAAAACCUGGAGAAAGAACAGCAUUGGUUAGAAGACCAGCAGAAAGUUGUGGAUACACUCACUGCCAAACUCGAUAAGCUGAAAAAUGAGGUUCCUGAAUUUCCAGAGAAAACUAAAGAUCUUGCAAAGAAACUUAUGAGACUAAGAACGUACAAGGAGGAACUAUUAACAUCACUGGGAUCCUUUCUAGAGGAACAUUUCCCUCUGCCCGAACACAACAGUAAGAGCAGUAAGAAGAAAAAGGGCGUUUUUGUUGAGCCUUCAGUGGAGUUGAUAACAUUACAUGAGAUUUUAGAGAACUUGAUAAACAAAAUGAUGGAUUCUCCGCAUGACCCUUACAUUGUAGUUGACCAGCAGUAUUGGCCUCCAUAUAUUGAAUUGUUGCUGAGAUAUGGCAUUGCACAGCGACACACAGAAGAUUCAAACAGAAUUCGAUUAGAAGCUUUCCAUCAGUGACAAUUGUCCCUUCAUAUAUAGUCAAAAUAGUAUUAUUACCAAACCAGUGAGGUACACAUACUUAAAAUGGUAAUAGAAUGCCAGAGACAAGUAUAACUGUAGAGUUACAC